GUGCCGUAGACAGAAGUUCGCUCGGUCAAAAGCUCGGUUGUGCUCUGCGUACGGCUCACUUACAUACUGUUGAACAUUUUCGAUUCAGCAUUACGCUAGUUGAUAGUGGUGUGUGUUGAUAACGAUAUGUCUACAAAACCUGAUUAUCAGCGAGCAUACGGAGUCGACAGUUACGGCGAUGAACAGAACGAAUACAGCCCCGCCUCCCAACAAGACACUGGGCCGGGCCAAUCACCCCACUCGCGCGUCGCCACGCCCGACGGCGAACUGAUUACGUACACGCGGCAAAUUGAUGACGAGGAGAACUGCUAUUCAUCCGGUCUGAUACGCACGGAGGGCUACAUGCACAACUUUAUGCCCGACGAGGUAAUGCCGAAGUUUUGUGUGCAGAUUGGCGAGACGACGGAACUGCUGCAGCUCGGUCCCGCCCCCGCCAUUUCGAACAUAUCGCCCCACGGGAGCGGCACCCCCAGUCCGGAGUCGCCGCGUAGCAGGGGCGCCGCUUACGAAUCGCUGCACGCCAUCCAGGACGAGGGACACAUGGAGGCUGCGCAGCUGACGCAGCUGACCAGUCACAGUUAUUCGCUCGAUGUGGAAUCGCCGCCCAGCGCUCUGUACGCGUCGAGGGCGCCGAACGCCUAUCCAGGAAACAUGCCCUAUUACAGCGCGACCGAAUCGCCGGAACUGCCCCAAACCUCCCCCGAACUGUGGACCAAUUCAGGGGUCAACACUAGCACCGGAAUCUCCCUAUCGGAGGACUACUCGAAGGUGUCGUCGUCUUUGGCGACGGCGCUGCCCAGUUUCCACAGGCCCAUCUCCACCUACCAGACCAACAGUGCACACAGGGUGACGACCCAAUAUCCCAACAUCAGCAACAACGGAACGUACGAGUGGCCCCAGUCGUAUUUGGACCAGAGCUCCUUGCCCUACACCACAUCACCGACCAACGCCAGGAACCGUCUUCCUGCCUCAUCCUCCCUCGCAGCAAUUGAUCCACGGACGGCGGAAUAUUUCACCGAAGGUAGGGAGUGUGUGAACUGUGGAGCCAUAGACACCCCGUUGUGGAGGAGGGACGGCACGGGGCAUUAUUUGUGCAACGCAUGCGGCCUCUAUCACAAGAUGAACGGCAUGAAUCGACCUUUGGUCAAGCAGCCUCGCAGAUUGUCUGCGUCUAGAAGGGUGGGAUUGACGUGCACGAACUGCCACACAAGCACCACAUCACUAUGGAGAAGAAACACCCUUGGGGAGCCGGUUUGUAACGCGUGCGGCUUGUACUACAAACUCCACUCCGUUAACAGGCCUUUGUCCAUGAAGAAGGACAGCAUACAGACAAGGAAAAGGAAACCAAAGGGAAGCAAAGAAAGCAGCAGCUCCAACGGCACCCCAGUAGCAAGGCAAAGCAUGUCCGCCAUGACUGGUAUUAAGCUGGAGACGUAUCCUUCGAUGAAUAGUAUUAAGAUGGAGGAUGGAGUGAAGCUGGAACACGCCCAAUUAGAUACUUAUGAGAAGUCUAGGACUUUGCCGUCCUUGAACCACAUAUCUCAGGCGUCACCAAACUACUACAUGAACCCCAAUCAAUCUCAGAUUCUAUCGUCGUAUCCACAACAACAGACCCAGAUUAAUAACAGCUACUUUGACAUCGUCCAGCAAAGUCCACCGUCACCAUCACCAUCGACUGGUUCAGACAAUUCCAGUUCGACUUUGAUCAUCAACAACAAUAACAACACUAAAGUUAUCAUGAACGGAUCUGAACACCUAGAAAGACCCACAGUUGUCUCGAUGUCUUCGUAAAACGCAUUAAAUAAGAGUUGAAUGAUGCAAUUGUUAUUCUCAUAUUGUUGAAAGCCAACUUCAUUCGGUUGGUGUAAAUGUACAAACGACGAUUCGCAUCAUCAAACGUUAUUAGUUUUUGUACAAUUAUGGUAGUAAACUAUAAUUAAGAUUAUAAAUGAUUUGUUUAUUAGAAAAAUUGACAGUUAGUAUAAUGCAAUAACUUUUUUAGGGUUGUUAGUGUUGUUGAUAAUUUGAUAUUUUUGUAUGACAAGAAAAUUUUAAUAUUGCUGUGAUAUAAAACUCGAGACAAUAUUUUUAAAUCUCAUACAUGUCACAUUUUAGGAUAAUCUCUUUAGGAAAAAAAAACGUUGUUACGUGUUGAAAACUCACAAGAAUAAAUACUCUCUGUCUGAAUUUCAUUAGAAAAAUCUCAAUGCAUGACCAAAGACAACCUUAAAUUGAUAUAUUUAUAUAUUUAAAAUGUUAAUUAUAACGUUUAAUUGUAAAUAGACAAUUAGGUAUAAUUUCACAAAUUAGCUGUUUCUGCACAUUUUUCAGAUUCACUGGUCUGACAAUGAGUGUAAUUUCUAAUCAUGUUACUUUUCUUAUAAUUUGUUUGUAUAAUUUUUUAUAGAAGCAUUUUGUAAAUUGUUUUAUGUAUAUAAAUAUAAAUUUAAUUAAAUUAGCUAUAAUCACGAUUAUGACUGAUUUUUGAUUGGAUCUUAAAGAUCUGAUAUUUUAUUGUAAAUAUAUAUAAGUCUAUAGUUAUAUUUUGUUAAUUAUAUAUUUUAUCACUAUCUUAAUUUUUUUUUAAAUACCAUACACGUUAUUUUAUGCUUUGUAAAAAUAAAAAUAUAGUGUAUUUAUGUUACAUUCACAUGUUAAUGUUAAAUUUAGAAUUAAGGAUAUUUGUUAUAUUCAUAUUUUUCAUAGUC